AUGAGAGCCCAUGUGCCUGGGGCAGACAGCGUGGGUCUCCAGGCAGCAGAUGCCAGCUCACAGCCCAGACCAGAGGGGAGCAACCAUGAAGCUCCCUACCAGGCUUUUGGCUGCAGCAUCUUCCCCUCCAGCACAGCCCCAGCAGCUGCUCUGCAGCAGGAGGAUUGGAGGGACACUGCCUGCCCACUGCUCUUCAUCCAGCUCAACCAGCUCCUCAGCACCCCGGCAGGGCUGGAGUGGAGAGAGAUGGCCAGGUGGAUAAAGUUCGAGGAGAAGGUGGAGGAUGGUGGGGAGCGCUGGAGUGCACCCCAUGUCCCAGCCCUCCCCCUGCACAGCCUCUUCCAGCUCAGGACGUGCCUGCAGAAGGGGACUCUGCUCCUGGAUCUGAAUGCCCUCAGUUUCAAGGAAAUAAUUGACAAGGCUCUUUCUGGGCAGCCCGAGGGAGUGGAGCUACAGCCAGAGCUGAGGGAGCGCCUGGCAGCCCUGCUCCUGCUCCAGCCCCAGCACCAGCACACCCAGUCCCCACUGCGGCUGCUCGCCCAGCUUGGCCUUGCUCCCUGCAGAGAAAAGGCCAAAAGCUGGGCUGAGCCUGGAGCACAGCUCUCUGAAACACCUCUGAAGGAGCAGCUGAGAAACCAGUUUAAGAAGAAGGUCCCGCUGGGCUCUGAGGCUGCCCACAUUGCUGUUGGGGAGGUUGAAUUCCUGGAGAAGCCCUUCGCCGCCUUCAUCCGUCUCAGGCGAGCGGUGGCCCUUGGCUCGUUGGCUGAAGUCUCUCUCCCCAGCAGGUUCCUCUUCAUUCUGCUGGGUCCCCAAGCCAAAGUGAAAGGCUACCGUGAGGUUGGCAGGGCCAUGGCUACGCUGCUGACAGAUGAGCUCUUCCAAAGGGUUGCCCGGCAGGCUGAGCACCGAGAGGACCUCAUCGCAGGGAUGGAGGCAUUCAUGGAUGAUCUGACAGUGCCUCCUCCAGGGAAAUGGGACCCCAAUGCCCGAAUCCCUCCGCCGAGCUGUCUGCCAUCCCUGCACAGGAGGACUGCAUUGCACCCACCAGACUGGCAGUCCCACAGCAAUGGGGACAUGGCAGGAGCAGGAGGGGACAAAGCCAGCCCAGGCCACCCGCACGCUGGGGAGGAGCUGGAGAGGACAGGCAGGCUUUUCGGGGGGCUGCUGCGGGACAUCCGGAGGAAGGCACCGUGGUACAGCAGCGACUUCUCUGAUGCCCUGCACCCUCAGUGCCUCUCAGCAGUGCUCUACAUCUACCUGGCCACGGUCACCAACGCCAUCACCUUCGGGGGUAUGCUGGGGGACGCCACCGCCAACAUGCAGGGGGUGCUGGAGAGCUUCCUGGGUACAGCCUUUGCCGGUUUCAUCUUCUGCCUCUUUUCUGGCCAGCCCCUCACCAUCCUGAGCAGCACUGGCCCCAUGCUGGUCUUUGAGCGCCUCCUCUUCUCCUUCAGCCAGGACCACAGCCUGGACUACCUGGAGUUUCGCCUCUGGAUUGGGCUCUGGGUGGCCUUUUUUGGAAUGGUGCUGGUGGCCACCGAGGCCAGUCACCUGGUGCGGUACUUCACCCGCUUCACCGAGGAAGGCUUCUGCGCCCUCAUCAGCUUGAUAUUCAUCUACGACUCCCUGAAGAAGAUGCUGAGCCUGGCAGACACCUUCCCCAUCAACUGGCAGUACCGGCUGGACAACGUCACCUCCUACAGCUGCGUCUGCAACUUGUCCAGCGCCGGUCACAGCUCCGUGGGGAACAGCACACCGCUCCCAUCAGCCCUGGCCCCCCAGCAGCCUCCCGCAGCCCCAGUUGGGCUGAGCAGAAGCCAGUGCCUGGGGCGAGGAGGGCAGCUUCUGGGGACAAGCUGCCCGUAUGUGCCCGACGUCACCCUCAUCUCCUUCCUGCUCUUCGGGGGCACAUUCCUCUCCUGCUCUGCACUCAAGCGCUUCAGGAGUAGCCGCUACUUCCCUGCAGGGGUGCGGAAGCUGGUAAGCGACUUCGCCAUCAUCCUGGCCAUCCUGGCCUUCUGUGCCGUCGAUGCCACCUUGGGCCUGGAGACCCCCAAGCUCCUUGUCCCCAGCGAGCUGAAGCCCACAAACCCAGAACGGGGCUGGAUCAUCUCCCCCUUUGGAGCCAACCCAUGGUGGGUCUGCCUGGUGUCUGCAGUGCCCGCUGUCCUUGUCACCAUCCUCAUCUUCAUGGACCAGCAGAUCACAGCUGUCAUCCUUAACCGCAGGGAGUACAAGCUGCAGAAAGGAGCAGGUUUUCACCUGGACCUCCUCUGUGUCUCCCUCCUGAUGGUCGUCACCUCUGCCACCGGCCUCCCCUGGUAUGUCUCGGCCACUGUCAUCUCCCUGGCGCACAUGGAGAGCCUGAGGAAGGAGAGUGCAACCUCAGCCCCCGGCGAGCACCCCGAGUUCCUGGGCAUCAGGGAGCAGAGGCUGACAGGCAUUGCUGUUUUCAUCCUGACGGGACUCUCUGUCUUCAUGGCACCUGUACUUAAGCAUAUCCCGAUGCCAGUGCUGUACGGGGUCUUCCUGCACAUGGGGGUGGCAGCACUGAACAGCAUUCAGCUCACAGACCGUGUGCGGCUGCUCCUGAUGCCAGCCAAGCACCAGCCAGACCUUGCUUACCUCCGGCAUGUGCCCCUGCGCCGGGUGCACCUCUUCACCAUCAUCCAGCUGCUGUGCCUGGCUCUGCUCUGGGUCGUCAAAUCCACUGUGGCUGCUAUUAUUUUCCCAGUGAUGCUGCUGGCCCUGGUGGGGAUCCGGAAGGCGCUAGAGCGUGUGUUCUCCCUGCAUGACCUGAGCUGGCUGGACAGCCUCCUGCCCGAAACCGCCAGGAGGGAGGCGGACGGGAAACAAGCUGGGAGGCAGAAGGAGGACGAAG